UAUUGCAUGGGCCAGCGUGCUAGUUACAAAUAAAUUCUCAAAUUAUUUUUCUCCCAGCGCGUUUCUUUUUUGGGGGCGGAGAAAAUUGGGCCUAAUUUCUGCGGACCCAAAUUAAAGCCCAAUGAAAAUUGAUGACGGCAGCAUGAGGUCAGCGUAGCGUCAUCAAAGCAUAGGUGAAAAGCACCAAAUAACCGACGAGGCAAAGGCAAUGAUGAUUGCUUCAACACAAAAACAGAGAGUGCGAAAGCGUUUUCUCAUUUCUGGACUUGAAUUACAAACAUCCGCCGCAUUCCCUUUCUCUAGCCUCGUCAGCCUUCCUUCCUCACCCCCUCAACUGCGGCGCCGCGCCACUCAUCCCCGCCGGCGACUAGCAGCAGGCCGACGCAGCAGCAGCAGACCAGCGCCACUGCCGGCUUCUCCUCCGCCGCCAAGAUUGACGACGGCGCCGACUAGCAGCAGACCGGCGCAUUCCCCGGCUUCUCCUCCGCCAAGAUGAUAUGAUUUUGGAUCUGAAAGUUUGUAAAAUAACAAUGGAGUAAUAAAUACUCCAUAUAGAAAAAAGGAGGUGAGUUGGGCGAGAUGAGCUGAAUCACAUCGCCGCCGGGAUCAGCCUCUCACCGCCCUCGGAAUAUUCCGUCGGGUGCCACGGCGGCGGCUUCGAGGCUUAGUUGUUUGUUGCGUCAACCAAGUCUUCGAGUAAAGCCGCAAUAUAUAGACCAAUCAAAACACAAAUUGCUCGUGCGAAAAGAAAUACUUUUUUAACUGAGAAUUUGUGUUUGGAAAUGGAGGGUGGAGUGUGCAUGAAUGGGAUUUGCGGUUCAUCCAGCUCGGUGGAAUGGAAAAAGGGUUGGCCCUUGCGAUCCGGUGGCUUUGCUACUCUCUGUCAUAAUUGCGGGACUGCAUAUAAAGAUUUGGUCUUCUGCGAAAUGUUCCAUUCAGAGGAAACAGGUUGGAGGGAGUGCACUUCGUGUGGGAAGCGUCUUCAUUGUGGAUGCAUUGCUUCCAGUACAUUGCUGGAGCUACUCGACACUGGUGGGGUGAAUUGUACGGGCUGCAGCAAGAGCUGUCCGCGUCCUUAUACCCCCUUAGAAGAAAAACAUAAAGCAUGUGGGCUUUCAACCGAAAACGGCACUGAUAGAAAUUCCGAAAGGAUUGUACCUGCACAAUCUGGUGAUGAUGCUAAAAUGGACUGCCAAGAAAACUUGCUACCGUCCCCGAAUGCCAAUGUGACUUCAAGGAAACUCGAGGAUGAGCUUGCCAGUCCUGAAGGAAUAGGUUAUAAAUUGUUGUCGAGUUCUAAUCAGUCACCUGUUGGGCCAUCAAAAAAUUAUGACAUGUUCCAAGAAAGUAAAAGCCUACAUAAGUCGUUAGUUGAGACGAACCUGAGCAUCAGCUUGUCCGCUUCGUCAAACUCAAAUACCUUAUCCGGGGUGAUGGCUGAAGAAAGGCAAUUGAACACUGCAAUUUCUUCCUUCCAACAGGGUUGCAGGCCCCGCCAUCUCUUACCGAGGGUACCGACCAUUUUGGCUGCAGGGUUAGAAACAAACUCUAGCUCUAUUUCACAAUUACGUGUCGCAAGGCCACCUGUAGAAGGAAGAGUUAAAAGCCAAUUGCUUCCACGGUAUUGGCCUCGAAUAACAGACCAGGAGCUACAGCAAAUUUCUGGAGACUCGAAUUCUACGAUUGUUCCCUUGUUUGAAAAGGUCUUGAGUGCCAGCGACGCUGGUCGUAUUGGUCGUCUGGUUCUUCCUAAAGCAUGUGCAGAAGCGUAUUUCCCUCCAAUCUCUCAACCGGAGGGCCUCCCUUUGAGGAUUCAGGACGUGAAGGGAAAAGAAUGGGUAUUUCAAUUCCGAUUUUGGCCAAAUAAUAAUAGCCGAAUGUAUGUUUUGGAGGGCGUAACCCCCUGCAUUCAGUCGAUGCAAUUACAAGCUGGAGAUACCGUUACAUUCAGUCGUAUGGAUCCAGAAGGAAAACUUCUAAUGGGGUUCCGGAAAGCAUCUAACAGCCUUUUAGUACAGAAGCAGGAUUCACAUUAUCCAAUGGAUAUGAGUGCUUUUCAAGGUGAUGGGCUCAUAGGAAAUGCCGAGAGUCUACCUCUAAUAAGCGGCUACUCUGGCCUUCUUCAGUCCCUAAAAGGAAGCGGGAGUCCUUCGAUGACUCUGUUCCCUAAGCACGUCUACCCUAGCAACAUCAGCCCCCAAAUCAUUGAGAGGAACGUGUGUAAGUCUGGAGGAGAUAAUCUUUUGCCUCAGUCGUUGGUGCCUUCUGAGCACAAAAGAAGAAACAUUGGGGCGAAGAGCAAACGACUACUUAUUGAUGGUCAUGAUUCUUUGGAGCUGAGACUCUCGUGGGAAGAGGUACAGGAUUUGCUCCGGCCACCACCAACUGCCAAGCCAAGCACCGUCUCAGUAGAGGAUCAUGAAAUCGAAGAAUUUGAUGAACCACCUGUUUUUGGAAAGAGAAGUAUUUUCAUCGUUCGUCACUCCGGGGAACAAGAGCAAUGGACUCAAUGCGACAGUUGCUUAAAAUGGCGAAAACUACCAAUCGAUCUUUUGCUCCCUCUCAGAUGGACAUGCCAAGACAAUAUCAAUGACCAGAUGAGAUGCUCGUGUUCUGCUCCCGACGAAAUGGACUCAAGGGAACUUGAGAAUCUUCUCAGAAUGCACAAGGACUUCACCAAAAGGAGAGCAUUAUCAAUCCCCAAACCAGUGCACGGACAGGAAUCUCAGGAAAACGUCGAAGCACUCACAAAUGGAGCAGGCAACACAAGCGAGCCAGGAUCUUCGUCUGUCGCAACAACUACAAGACAUCCCAGGCAUCGUCCGGGCUGCUCCUGCAUCGUCUGCAUACAGCCUCCCAGCGGGAAGGGCAAGCACAAGCCCACGUGCACGUGCAACGUCUGCAUGACCGUGAAACGGCGCUUCAAAACCCUGAUGAUGCGCAAGAAGAAGCGCCAGUCGGAGCGUGAGGCAGAGAUCGCGCAGAGGAAUCAGUUUGCUAAGGAGGAAGCCGAGGUCGACAGCGUGGCGCCACCGCAGCAUGUUCAGUUGGAUAAUAAUGCAAAGAGAUCUGAAAGUGAGAAUCUUUUGAAAUGCCAGAGCGAUGGAGGGCCUUCUCAAGAAAAUGCAGAGAAUUUUAAUGGAGGAUUGGACUUGAACUGCUGUCCGGCGCCGUCGUCGCACAUAAGCAUGAUGAAUCUGCUUCAAGAAGCUAGUUUGCCUUUGGAGACAUACCUGAGACAGAACGGUCUUACAAGCUUGGUGGUGUCUGAGCAGCAAGAGAGUUCGAUGCCUGUGAUAGCUCAGGCUUCAGGAGAGACGACGACGCAAGCACGAGAUGAUGCCGGUUGUUCGACCGCUGCGCAAGAGCACGAGGGCAGCAAUGACUUAUCGGAAAAAGAGCAGAGAGAAGACGAUACAUCGUGAUCUCUCUCUCUCUCUCUCUGAGUUCUGUUCUUGAAUUUCUGCUGUUAAGUGAAGUAUUUAAGAUUACACAUCCAUGAAGUAGAUUGAGAUGUAAUAUUUCAUAUAUUCAAUUGUGCAGCUUAUACAAAUCAAACCACUUUCCUUGAAUGGUAAUUCAGUUUGCAGGUUUCACUACA